ACAGUAAUGACACUGACAAGCUGAAUUUUUCUUUUGUCAGCAAUAAUAUAUAAAAUGUAAAGAGAAACAUAUUGCUUGUGAAAAAAAUAAAUAAUAUACCUCAUCAUCUCGAAUAUAAUAAAUAGGGAAUACAAACAUGGCACAAUCAAAAGAGAAUAGUGAGAAUCCAAUGGACAUUGACGGAAGCAACUUUAACCCAGAUACGUAUUUAGAUUGUUUACUAAAAUGCGCGACUCUCAAGCAAGUUAUGGACAAAGAAGCCGAAAUAAUAACACAAAGUCAGUUCUUACAAUCAGAAAUGCAGACUUUAGUCUACGAAAAUUACAAUAAAUUUAUAUCUGCUACCGAAACUGUACGUAAAAUGCGUACAGACUUCAAAAUAAUGCAGGAAGAAAUGAAUAAGUUAAGUGAAAAUAUGAACAAAAUAACUUCAUUUAGUGCUCAGAUAUCCGAAUCCCUCAAAGAUAGCGGUAACAAUGUUAGAAGGCUAUGUGGAACACGACAGCUCCUUGAUAAACUGCAAUUCUUGUUUCUUUUGCCUUCACAACUAAACAAAGCUAUAGUGGAGGGCAGGUAUGCCGACGCUGUUCACGAUUACACGCAUGCUCAGCGAGUCCUACAGAAGUAUGGCAAUCAACCCUCAUUCCAAAGUAUACAAACUGAAUGCUCAGAAAUAAUAUAUGAACUGAAGAAAACCCUGCGGGACAGGUUGUUAAGUCCGGAUACAUCUGCCUCAGAGCUAGCAGAGAGUGUGGGGCUGUUGAGACAGUUGCAAGAAACUGACUCAUCUUUACAGGACAUAUUCUUGAGCUGUGCUGAGAGCAGACUUGAUAAGCAUCUCCAAACACUUAGUGCUAUGGUGGAGAGCACAGACAUAUUGGAGUGGGUAGAGAAAUGUAACAACACACUGUUAGCAGACUUAGGCAUUGUUGUGUCAUGUUAUCAUGAGAUGUUUCAACAAGAUAAUGUUAACAUACCAGAAUUUGCUGAUAAAAUAGUCUUGCAAGUAUUCCAUUUGUUUGAAGAAGUCAUGAAAAGACCUGAAAAUGUAGGCACUGAGAUACUAAUCCGAGGUUUAGAUAAAUUCUUUAGGAAAUUGCAGGCCAUGACUGAAAUCAUCUCAAGUGAUUCUAUGUCAGGUAAAGCAACUGAUGUGGUCAUACAGUGCAUCAACCACAAAGCUACAAUACAGUCCCAGUCAAUACAGAAUCAAUUCAAAGAUAGCUUGAUGAAAGUCAGGCAGUCUUUAGCCAGCAAGGGGACAGAGAAUACAGACUUGAAAGACAUACUGAAUUCACUUCAAGUCUACUUGCUGCAGAAAGUUCAAGCUUCUCUUUUAGAUCUGAUGGCAUUUUUGCAGAAUAAUCUCUCAUUUGGACUUAAGCCAUGGUGUGCCAAAGCAGUUGCUGAUACAUGCUGGAAAGUCAUAUCUGAAACUAUGGUCAACCUCUCAGAUAUGGUGAAGAAGAUGGCUUGUGUCCAAACAUCUAACAAUAACAUUCCCUUUGAGUUACUAUUAGUAUUGGCGAAAUUGUGUUUAGAAAUGCAAGAGAAUGGAGUUACCACACUGCACACCCACCUGGUGAAAUUGUUAGAAGAGUCAGCGCCGGGUUUGACCAUGGAAAGCAAGGAUACUAACAGUGUAAUGGUACACUUGUCUACAGCUGCUCAGGCUGCUUUGGACUCGGAAGUAGUUUUCAUUGGACAGACUGCAGCUCAGAUGUUGCGGGUGUCCGUAUUGGCGAGGGAUUGGUUGCGGGCGCCAGAGCCGCGAGGACCGCGCGCUGUGUGCCGGCGAGUGGUGGAAACACUAGCCAGUGCAGACAGCGCUGCGUCACAGCUGUUCCCGACCAGCGUCAAACCUUCCAGCGAUUCUAGUCGUAGAACGAUUUGGUCGCGCGCUCCUUCCUCGUUUUCUCCCUUGAAUAGAAUAUUCUCUGAGAGGAUUGAAGUAUUCAGUCCAGCUGGUGCCGACAGAGCAGCUCUUUCUAACGGCGCUUUAAAAGUAGCAUUAAAAGCACUAGUGGAAUGUGUGAGACUGCGGACAUUUGGCAGACACGGCCUCCAGCAAUUGCAAGUUGACGUACACUUUCUACAGCAAAGGCUGUCUUGCAUGGGCAAUGAUGAGAGAUUAUUAAACGCACUCUUAGAAGACGCUCUCGCCUCCGCGCAGCUUCGAUGCGUCGAUCCUCAACUAAUGGAGCCAAGUAUUGUAGAUAUUAUUUGUGAGAGAGGAUAAACUCUAACAUAAUUUAUGUAUAUAUUUUAAUACUUUGUGUAUGUUAUCUUUAGAGAAUAUUAAAUUAUGUCUAUUAAUAAA